AUGAGAACUACCGGAAGUGAGAAUCCAAAUGGUCCAAAUUUCACUCCAAGACCUGCUACUACGCCUUUUGCUGCUCCUCAGAGUGCAACACCUUUUUUAGCAUCUGGCCCUGUGGCUGGAUCAGGGGCUUCUGCUUUUCGGCCUACCGUGCCGACUGGCUCCCAGCCUAGUACACCUUUUUUGUCAUCUGGGCCUGUUGUUGGAUCACAAGCCUCUGGGUUUAGAUCUAGACCGCCAGGUAUUUCUAACAAUCCAUCUGUGCCCCCUCCACCAACAUCAUAUGACCCACCAGCUACAGGACCUUAUCAGCGUUUUAUGACACCACAAUCUCCCUUAGCAGGUCCAGCACCUCCUGCAUACGCAUAUCCUGUGGGGCAGCCAGUUUUGCCCCCACCAGUUCAACCUCCUGCAGGCCAUGUUUCAUCUCCGCCAGUUUCCUUUUAUGCACAGCCCCAGAUACCAUUGGUGCCUAUGGGAUCACCACCUCAGAACUUGAACACUGUGCCAUCAGGCAUGAAUGUUCCUCAGGCAUCAGUACAAUCAUCAUUCGCUAGUCCCAGGCCAAACUUCCAGCCACCUUCACCGCCAAUGGGAUCUUCUUAUCCUGCUGCCAGAGGCAGUUUUCAGUCAUCUUUCCCUGGUUACCCUAAUAAGCAACAUAAUGCAGCUCCACCUGUUCAGUCUGCAGCCUCUCUUGCUCAGCAAGGGGGUUAUGCUCCACACCAAUCAACAACAUCUACCCCUUUUCUUACUCAUCAAGGAGGUUAUACCCCCUUUCCAUCAGUUGCAAACCCAUUAGGUCCAUAUCCAAGGGAACAAAUUCAGUAUCCUGGCUCUGCACCUCCUAUGGGAGCUGUGCAGGGGAUGGUAGAAGACUUCAAUUCGCUUUCCCUUGGGUCUGUUCCAGGAUCAUCUGAUCCAGGACUUGAUUUCAAAGCACUGCCAAGGCCCUUGGAUGGUGAUGUGGAGCCGAAUUUGUUAGCUCAGAUGUAUCCUUUGAAUUGUGAUUCUAGAUAUCUACGGCUUACAACUAGUGCGAUACCGAAUUCUCAGACUCUGGCCUCAAGGUGGCAUUUGCUUCUUGGAGCAGUUGUUUGUCCUCUGGCUGAAGCUCCUGAUGGGGAGGAAGUGCCAGUUGUUAAUUUUGCCACAACUGGGAUCAUUCGUUGUAGAAAAUGCCGCACAUAUGUGAACCCAUAUGUGACGUUCACAGAUGGUGGAAGAAAGUGGCGGUGCAACAUAUGUGCUUUGCUGAAUGAUGUUCCGGGUGAUUAUUUUUCCCAUUUGGAUGCCAGUGGCAGAAGAAUUGAUUUGAAUGAACGGCCUGAGCUUACCCAAGGUAGUGUGGAAUUUGUUGCUCCGGCUGAAUACAUGGUGCGGCCUCCAAUGCCGCCACUCUAUUUUUUCCUCAUCGAUGUAUCAAUAUCUGCUGUUAAAAGUGGAAUGCUUGAGGUAGUGGCACAGACUAUUAAGUCUUGUUUGGACAGGUUGCCUGGCUGCCCCAGAACACAGAUUGGGUUCAUUACCUUUGACAGCACGUUACAUUUUUACAACAUGAAGUCAUCUUUGAUGCAGCCUCAAAUGAUGGUGGUUUCAGAUCUGGAUGAUAUAUUUGUUCCAUUGCCUGAUGAUCUCCUUGUCAAUUUAUCAGAGUCAAGAAAUGUGGUCGAUGCAUUUCUUGAUAGCUUACCAUCCAUGUUUCAGGAUAAUGUAAAUGUAGAAUCUGCUUUUGGUCCAGCUCUUAAAGCCGCAUUCAUGGUUAUGAACCAACUUGGUGGUAAAUUGUUGAUUUUCCAGAAUACACUGCCCUCACUUGGUGUUGGCCGCCUAAGGUUGCGUGGAGAUGAUCACCGUGUUUAUGGAACGGAUAAAGAGCAUGCAUUAAGAAUAGCAGAAGAUCCAUUUUACAAACAGAUGGCAGCUGAUUUUACUAAAUAUCAGAUAGCGGUGAAUGUCUAUGCAUUCAGUGACAAGUAUACUGAUGUAGCCUCCCUAGGAACUCUGGCAAAAUAUACUGGUGGUCAGGUAUAUUAUUAUCCAAACUUCCAAUCUGCCAUUCACAAAGAGAAGUUGGGGCAUGAGUUAGCCAGGGACCUUACAAGAGAAACUGCCUGGGAAGCUGUCUUGCGUAUAAGAUGUGGAAAAG